UGAACUUAUUCUCUAGGCAUCGAGGAGAUCGCAUGAAAUGGAGCCCUGGUCUCGCUGGUGAGAAAGGUAACAUUCAAAGUUUUCUAUGCGCUAAUAUGCAUUGAUUCAUUUAUGCUUGUUCUUGUUCACUUACUUACUCUAGUGGGCUGAAAUGCAUGAAGGAUCUCGAAUCGCUAGUAAUGAUCUCCGCUUGAAGCUCAUUCGUAAAAGGCAAUUGAAGAGAUCUCACGAUGCUGGGAAAUACUCCCAGAAAAUUGCAGUACAUCCAACAUCAUCAAGAUCCAGUGAAGCCCCUAUGAGUUAUAGAACCCCGAGCAGGCCUUCUUCCAGUAGUCAAUAUAACGAUUUGAGGCCGCCAACUUAUCCUGAAGAAUAUGCUAGUGGGAAUGGGAUAACCUACUCUUCUCAGUUCACUGUGGGAGGAUCAAGAAGAGCAAGGUCCCCCGAUAGAAUAUCCAGACCUACUCGUGAGCUCUCCCCACCCAGAAUUUCCAGCCAGGCACAACGAAUUGCGCCACUUCGGGCAGGUGAUUUAUCAAGCAGCGAAAAUUUGAUCCGGAAUGUUGGUGUUCAGAAUGCGCCGCCGCCUAGGUCUUGGUUAACUGGAUCUUCACCUCUUAUACCAGUGAAACAUGCUCCUCCUCAAACAAGCUGUGCUGCUGUUCCACGAGUUGCACAUACAUUAGGAACUACGCAACAUAUCUCUCAGAAGCUUCAUGAACAUGUUACUGUGGCGGAUUUCUUGCAUUCACUUGAACUGGGGAAAUAUUGCAUCAGCUUUCAGGCAGAAGAAGUGGACAUGGCUGUACUGAAGCAGAUGGGGGAGAAAGAUCUUAAAGAUAUGGGCAUACCGAUGGGUCCAAGAAAGAAGAUCCUUCUUGCUCUACUGCCUCCUCCAAAAAAGUCAUGAUUUUGUCAAUGUGCUGCCUGCUCUCACAAACGUCACACGAAGGUGCUCCUUGUUUUGUUUUUGAAGGUUGUAAUUGUAUUAAUAGAUCCCUUUAGACGGUGGAGAGAUUGUAGAUCAUAUGAUCACUGAAAAGGGGGUGGAAGAUUGACGUGUAACGAAAUGAAUAUCAAAUACGAAUGUAUAUGGCGCACUAGGAACUUGAUCAAGUGUUCAUGAAAUUAACAUAUUGUUUCUCAUUCAUUCCUCCAUUUGUUUGUAAAAAGUUUGCCUUUGUACAGAGACAUCGCAAACUUCUGGCUAGCAACAAACAAACAAUCAGGUAACAUGCACAUACCAUCCCUAAAGCCUCUCAAUGUGAUCUAAUAGACGGUGCCCUCGAACUUGAAGAAGACCGUUGGUUAUCAUUCUUGGCACAGUCUUCGGCAUUCCUCGAAGCAAAAGCAAGCAGGAACCUGCUCACACCAUUUGCAGCUGCGGCAGCAGGAGCAGGAGCCAAAUCCUUCUUACACUGAUGAUCCGCUGGAAACCUGUGGCUCAAGCAAACCUUCAUCUGGCAGGUUUUGCAGACGCAGGUAUUGGAAAAGGUCAGUAUCUCCUUGCACCGACGAACGCCACACGUGGGCUUCUUCUUCUUCCUUGGAUCGCAUUGCCCCGACUUCUCGUGCCUCUCCAGCAACGCCUUUUCGGCCAACUCCCCAUGGCCCGUAGUCUCUAUGGAGGUGGAGCAAAUCUCGCAGACCACGACUUUGCGGCUGUUGUGGUCGGAUUUCGGGCAUGCGUGAGCCCUGUACGAUCUGUGCUCCAAGCAGAAAACCUGUUGGCAGCCCUGGCAUUUAAAAGGCAGGAAGUCGAGCUGGUUGCAUUCCUUGUGCUGGCAGUGCCUGCCCAAAUCCGGGAAAGCUUCUGUUCCUCCUGACAUUAUUGGUUUGAUUCGAUCGAAACUGCUGCUAUUUAGUUGUUAUACCUCUGAUUCGUUGAUUUCUUGCAGGAGAAUCGAGGAGAUUGCAGGAAGGGGAAGGGGAAGGGGAAUAUUUAUAAUUGUGGGAACUGGGAAGAAGCUGGCUUGGGGCGUAAGCCAGGAAAUCCAGCCAGCCCCUGCCGUGCCGACCUGAAACCUUGACUGUUCUUUUCUGUUCCUUUUGCGGAUUUUGGUUUCCAGAUUUUUGGAAAUGUUUUUCCUUUUCUUUUUCCUUUUUAAAACAACAAAGGUUGAAGCGGAAAUGAAGCCGCCAAGCAUGGAGGGAAGUUUCUGGCGGGAAACGACGCGCUUCCCCGGAGCGCGUGAUGAUGGUUAGCGCGUCAUUGCUGACAACAGGAAGGAAAUUUUUUGGUAAUUAGAAGUGGGCUGGGCUU